AUGCGUGAAGUAAUUUCAAUUUUGGUUGGACAAGCCGGCGUACAAAUUGGUAACGCUUGUUGGGAAUUAUACUGUCUCGAACACGGUAUACACCCGGAUGGCCAUAUCAGCGAAGACUCGGCACCUGACCAAGGUGAAUCUUUCAGCACUUUCUUCAGUGAAACUGGUAACGGCAAAUACAUCCCAAGAGCGUUAUUUAUCGACUUGGAGCCUACUGUUAUAGAUGAAAUCAAGGGUGGAAAAUAUCACCGUUUAUAUCAUCCUGAAACGUUAAUUCAUGGCAAAGAGGAUGCCGCUAAUAACUAUGCUCGUGGGCAUUACACCGUAGGAAAAGAGUUGAUUGAACUUGUUCUCGAUCGAUUACGAAAAGUGGCCGACCAAUGUCAUAGUUUGCAAGGCUUUUUGGUGUUCCACUCCUUCGGUGGAGGUACUGGUUCCGGCUUUUCAUCUUUACUGCUAGAGAGAUUAUCGGUUGAUUACGGCAAAAAAUCAAAAUUACAGUUUGCUGUGUAUCCAGCUCCUCAAGUAGCAACGGCCGUGGUAGAACCCUAUAAUGCUAUCUUAACCACUCAUACCACUUUAGAACACACGGAUUGUUGCUUCUUAUUCGAUAAUGAGGCAAUAUAUGACAUUUGCCAUAGAAAAUUGGAUAUUGAAAGGCCAUCGUAUACCAACUUAAAUCGAUUAAUGAGCCAAAUUGUGUCGUCAAUUACUGCUUCUUUACGCUUUGAUGGAGCACUUAAUGUCGAUCUGAAUGAAUUCCAGACCAAUCUUGUUCCAUACCCACGCAUUCAUUUCCCAUUGGCAACAUAUGCACCGAUUGUUUCUGCUGAAAAGGCAUAUCAUGAACAACUGACUGUUAGCGAAAUUUCAUCAGCAUGUUUCGAUCCUGGUAACCAGUUGGUUAAAUGUGACCCUCGACAUGGCAAGUAUAUGGCUUGUUGUAUGCUCUAUCGUGGUGAUAUAGUACCCAAGGACGUAAAUGCUGCUAUAGCUGCUUUGAAAACCAAACGCACUAUACAGUUCGUUGAUUGGUGUCCAACCGGUUUUAAAGUCGGUAUUAAUAAACAACCUCCAACUGUUGUUCCUGGAGGAGACCUCGCUAAAGUUAACCGAGCUGUCUGCAUGUUAUCGAAUUCGACCGCUAUUGCUGAAGCUUGGUCUCGACUAGAUCAUAAGUUCGACUUAAUGUAUGCCAAAAGAGCUUUUGUUCAUUGGUAUGUCGGUGAAGGUAUGGAAGAAGGUGAAUUUUCUGAAGCUCGGGAAGAUCUUGCCGCUUUAGAAAAGGAUUACGAAGAGGUCGGCACAGAGUCUUCACUCGAAGGUGAAGAAGGAUUUGAGAUGUAA